AGCACAGUUGGGUCUUGUAAAUGCGCCAUGAAUCUGUAUGAGUAGCUUGUUGUAAAAACGGAAUGUCUCUGUGCUGACAGGCCCAAGUCUAAACGUUAUAAAUUCAACACAGUAGCAUUUGAGGAAGAAAGACUUCGAUAUAUCGGCAAACCAAAAUGGAGUGCGAGUGGAAACCAGAUGAGCAAGGACUUCAGCAAAUUCUACAGCUUUUGAAAGAGUCCCAGUCUCCCGAUACGUCCACUCAAAGAUCCGUCCAGCAAAGAUUGGAACAGCUCAACCAAUACCCAGACUUCAACAACUACUUGAUAUUCGUGCUGACAAAGUUGAAAUCAGAAGAUGAGGCGACCCGCUCUCUUAGUGGUCUGAUCCUAAAGAACAAUGUGAAGGCCCACUACCAGAACUUCCCUAAUGGAGUGUCUGACUUCAUUAAGAGCGAGUGUCUACAGAACAUUGGAGACUCCUCGCCCCUCAUCCGGGCCACCGCGGGUAUCCUCAUCACCACCAUUGCCUCCAAAGGGGAGCUGCAGAACUGGCCUGAGCUGUUGCCCAAACUCUGCCUCCUGCUGGACUCUGAGGACUACAACACCUGUGAGGGGGCGUUUGGCGCUCUUCAGAAGAUCUGUGAGGACUCGGCAGAGAUCUUGGAUAGUGACGUGUUGGACCGUCCGCUCAACGUUAUGAUCCCAAAGUUCCUGCAGUUCUUCAAACACAGCAGCCCCAAGAUAAGGUCUCAUGCCAUCGCCUGCGUCAACCAGUUCAUCAUCAGUAGGACUCAGGCCCUAAUGCUGCACAUCGACGACUUCAUCGAGAACCUGUUUGCCCUGGCGACUGAUGAGGAGCCAGAGGUGAGGAAGAACGUUUGCAGAGCUCUGGUCAUGCUGCUGGAAGUCCGCAUGGACCGUCUCCUACCACACAUGCACAACAUCAUAGAGUACAUGCUGCAGAGGACUCAGGACCAGGAUGAGAACGUGGCUCUGGAGGCCUGUGAGUUCUGGCUGACACUGGCUGAACAGCCUGUCUGUAAGGAUGUGCUGUGUAACCACCUCUCCAAGCUGAUUCCGGUGCUCGUCAACGGGAUGAAGUACUCCGAGAUCGACAUCAUUCUGCUCAAGGGUGAUGUGGACGAGGAUGAUGAUGAGGCCAUCCCUGACAACGAGCAGGACAUCAGGCCCAGGUUCCACCGCUCCCGUACCGUUGCCCAGCAGCACGAGGGCGACCGCGAUGGCAUCGAGGACGAUGACGACGAUGAUGAUGAUGAUGACCUGGACGAUGAUGACACCAUCUCUGACUGGAACCUCCGUAAGUGUUCAGCAGCAGCGUUGGACGUGUUGGCAAACGUGUUCAGAGAUGACCUGCUCCUCCCCAUCCUGCCUCUCCUCAAAGAGCUCCUCUUCCACCCAGAGUGGGUCAUCAAGGAGUCUGGUAUACUGGUCCUGGGGGCCAUCGCUGAGGGUUGUAUGCAGGGUAUGAUCCCCUACCUGCCAGAGCUCAUCCCCCACCUGGUGCAGUGUCUGAGUGAUGAGAAGGCCCUGGUGCGCUCCAUCACCUGCUGGACCCUGAGUCGAUAUGCCCACUGGGUGGUCAGUCAGCCUCCUGACACCUAUCUGAAGCCACUGAUGACUGAGCUCCUCAAACGCAUCCUGGACUCCAACAAGAGGGUGCAGGAGGCCGCCUGCAGUGCCUUUGCCACUCUGGAAGAGGAGGCGUGUACAGAGUUGGUUCCCUACCUGGCCUACAUCCUGGACACUCUGGUAUUUGCCUUCAACAAGUACCAACACAAGAACCUGCUUAUACUGUACGAUGCUAUAGGGACGCUCGCUGACUCCGUUGGACACCACCUCAACAAGCCGGAGUACAUUCAGAUGCUGAUGCCUCCACUGAUAGCAAAGUGGAACCAGCUGAAGGACGAAGACAAGGAUCUGUUCCCUUUACUAGAGUGCCUGUCGUCAGUAGCCACAUCUCUCCAGAGUGGUUUCCUGCCCUACUGUGAGCCUGUGUACCAGCGCUGUGUCAACCUGGUGCAGAAGACCCUCGCUCAGGCCAUGCUCCACCAGUCCCAGCCAGACCAGUACGAGGCUCCUGAUAAGGACUUUAUGAUUGUGGCUCUGGACCUGCUCAGUGGACUGGCCGAGGGGUUGGGCGGUAACAUCGAGCAGUUGGUUGCCCGUAGCAACAUCCUCACGCUCAUGUACCAGUGCAUGCAGGACAAAAUGCCGGAGGUGCGGCAGAGCUCCUUUGCUCUGCUGGGUGACCUGACUAAAGCUUGUUUCCAGCAUGUAAAGCCAUGCAUCGCUGAUUUCAUGCCUAUACUAGGCACUAAUCUGAACCCAGAGUUGAUAUCAGUGUGCAACAAUGCAACGUGGGCAAUCGGAGAGAUAUCUAUACAAAUGGGUGAGUGUCUGGAAAUUGUCAGAAAGAGGUCACACAUACCAGCUUGGAUACAUUCUCAUGAAUGUGUGUGUUACACCUCCCUGACCUCCCUUCUCCUUCCCCUCUCCCCAGGGGCUGAGAUGCAGCCCUAUGUGACCAUGGUGCUGCACCAGCUGGUUGAGAUCAUCAACAGGCCCAACACCCCAAAGACCCUGUUGGAGAACACAGCAAUAACAAUUGGUCGUCUUGGUUACGUUUGUCCUCAAGAGGUGGCACCCAUGCUACAGCAGUUUAUAAGACCCUGGUGCACCUCUCUAAGGAACAUAAGAGACAAUGAGGAAAAAGACUCAGCGUUCCGAGGCAUCUGCACUAUGAUCAGUGUCAACCCUGGAGGAGUGGUACAGGACUUUAUAUUUUUCUGUGAUGCAGUGGCCUCGUGGGUAAAUCCAAAGGAUGAUCUGCGAGACAUGUUCGGCAAGAUCCUCCAUGGGUUCAAGAACCAGGUGGGCGAGGAUAACUGGAGGCGUUUCUCAGACCAGUUCCCACUGCCUCUGAAGGAACGGCUGGCGGCCUUCUACGGGGUGUAAUGCUUUCCAUAGGAACAUACCUGUUCAAGGGGGUCAUUCACUAUGGGAGACGACUGACGGGGAACCUCUUAUACCCAGGGAACAUGUUACCCUUUACUGGGGGUAGGGUCUGCCAGCUGGGGAGGGAGGGGGGUGCGGACCGGGACCCUCCUCAACCUUCUUGACGGGCGGGGUGGGAGGGAGGUGUUAGCCAGCAGAGGCAGUCAACGCCCCCCAAGCAUCAGGCGAGGGGGACACGGGGGAACCAGCAGGCUAACUUAAUCAAGGGAGGAAACAUUUAUUUAAUCAUUUCAACAUCUCAUUCAGAAAUGAAAAGACAUUGUCAGCGUAACCAUUUUUGUUUUCUCUUUUUAUUUUAUUUUUCAUUCGAGCUCUCCAGCGACUCUACUACUGAGUGGACAUUUGAAUCAAAAUGCAGGAAAAAAAACAAUGCAAAACUUUGUAAAUGCUUGUUGUGGUAAAAUCAUGGCUUUAUACUUACCAGGGGGGGAUAGUGCUGAUUGAGGGUCCGAUUUCAGUUAAGAGCUUUUAAAUCUAUUCGUAUCGACCGGAAAGUGCCACUCAGAGAUAAGUGUAGGGGGAGGGAGUGUAGAACUAGAGAGAAUGAUACCGACCAUAGAAUUGAUAUGGGGGUGGUUAUAAAAUAGCGUAGUGGGCAUAGAAAUGACAUUAAAAGUCUCAGAGAAAACAACAUAGCAGCUGUCCUCAACUGGGGGAGGGGGGGGGGGGCACUGCCUUUGCAUAUCUUCGAAUAACAAUAGCAGGCUAUCUUUUAUUGUAGUCAUCAAUCAAAGCAAUUGCGUUGAGUUAAUGAAAGAAAAAUUGGUAGUGGCAUAUUUAAAGUAAUAGAGUAAUAAACAGUAUUUUUAUGGCAGGUCAAAAGCUGUGUUGAAUAAACCAUUCAGUCAAACACGUCAGACAGAAAGAGUGCAUAUGAUUCUAUAUUUGUUGUGGUUGAAAGUGACUUGUCUUAAAAACAGGAAAAUAACGAAGUAGCAUGCUUACAUCAAAGUGGGAAGUGGGUAAGGAGGGUGUACAUCAGUAGAGUGAUCUGUGUGUUGCAUCAUCAGAUAGUUGUGUUAUUUCUUGCAUAGCCUUGUGAUAAGGUUUCUUAAACAAACAUGUAGUUUGUCCUUUUUCAGUUUUCUGUCCGCCCACCACCCCCUAUGUUUACCAGAGGUUUUCCAGUCAGUGUCUAGCAUGAACUGGGUUUACAUACAUACAAUAUAGAAACAAACAAGUCUGAUAUUGAUAUUCUCAUCUAGUUGAAUCCAUAUACUGUAGCAGGGUUUUGGUUGUGAUUCUAAAAAGAGACCUUGAACACUGCUACACACAUGUUAAAACUCUGAGGUAAACUCUCAGGCUGCCUCUCCUGUGGUGUGGAAGUGACGUGUUCUGUGUGCAUGGAUGUUUUACUAGCUGCCAUAAUAUCAGCUUUCCUGACCCCAUAUUGUUUUAAAUAUCAAAUUCUGUCUUUCUCCCAUUUGUGAAAACAGUACUUGGGCUCGAUUGUGGCAACGUAAGACUAUAUUGUUUAACAGUGUCAAAGGGAGGGGGGUAUGGAAACAGCAUACAGGGCUUUAGCUGAAAAUGUUCACCCUUUUGUUAUUAGGACUGUAACACAAGUCCUCCUGUCUUGAUAGUGUGUCUCUGUGACCUUUGUUGGUUGUCAAUCCAAAACUCAACAGUAAGCAAUUGUGUAAAAAAAAAAGAGGAAAAAAAAACAUUUAAUGUACUGUGGUUUUUUUAUUAUUGUUGUUGGUUUGCUUUUUUUGUGAAAAGCAUGAUCUUUGAGGAUGAUUGCAAUGACUGUUUUGAAUGCAAGGUAUUCGAAUGCUUGAUUCCUUGCAUGUUGGUGGUCCUUUUACAUCCCAAACUAGACAGGGGGAGGUGCAUUUCAAUUGAACUAAAAAGUUAAGGAAAUUCUUAUUUAUUCACUACCCCAUUUCGCUGACAUACAAUAUCAGACUUUUAUUUUGAAAGUUCAACUUUUAUCUCGUGCAUACCUGCAGGACGAUUUUCCCCUUAACCUAUAACCCACGUGCACAUGUAUUGUUUGUUUUUUUGUUAAAUACUGUGAAGUUAGAACUUAAAGAAAAAAAUGUUUUUUGUU